UGAGAGGUGAAACCAAGAUGGCGGCCGCGCAGUGACUGAGGCGGAGCCGGGGCCGGAGGGAGCCGGGCCGCACCAGCCGCUGCCGAUCGCCCCCUCCCUCCGCCGGGCACAGCGUUUCUCUGCCAGCCGGGUCGCCGAACGCCUGGAAGCGCAGCCACGUCGGGAGGCGCGCUGGGGAGCCGGGACUGAGCCGCCGCAGCACCAGGAGGAGGAGGAGGAGGAGGAAGAAGAACAUGGCGGCGGAGUCAGGCUGGGAGUGAAGCCUCCGCCUGCGACCGGAGUCCAUGGGGAAGACGGGACGCUGAGCUCGGCUGGCCAUUCACCCGUCCCGGGGACGGGCAGUGUCCGCGGGCCCCGGGCAGCCGGGCGGGAAGGAGGGCGGCUCCUGGGAGCCCCGCGCUGACGGACGGCGAGCGAGGGGCUUCGGGCCUGGGCAGCUGCUGCACAAUAGAGCCGGGCUUCAGGCCGGGGCGAGCAGCCCCUCUCCCGCCUGCCUCCCUUCCUCUGGCUCCCUCCGGCCUUACCGGCCUCCCCGCUGUUUUCCCCGGCAGGGCUCCUGCUUCCAGGAACGCCUGCUCCUGUCACGCUGGGCCGGCUGCAGCCCGCCGCUGCUUCCUCUGCCGUGAAUCCCCUUCUCCUCCGGGAUCCCUUCUUCACCGCCUCUCCUGCCUGCCCUUCGCCCUGCAAAGAGCCUCUCUCCUCUCUGCGGCUCUCCCUGCCUAGGCUUACUCGCCUUUUGUAUAGCGUCUGACUGUACCUGAAGGAGCAGCUCCCUUUUUUCACAUCUUCACCUCUCGUUUCCCCCUCUUCCCCAAUCAUCCUCUGUUACCCUCGAUAAUGAGGAUGCCGUUGGGGCACUGAAGAGGAGUAAGAAGAGCUUUCUUGGCGUGCCCGUGUGGGGCUGCUCCCCUCUUUCCCGCUCCCCUCCCCUGAGGGGGGCCUGGUCCGCGACCAGCCUUCUGCUCCCCCAGCGAUUGCGAGCCAGAGUGGUGGCUGCGGUGUGGCAGGCGGCAGGAUGACGGACACCCGGCGGAGGGUGAAGGUGUACACGCUAAAUGAGGACCGCCAGUGGGAUGAUCGAGGCACAGGGCAUGUGUCCUCUUGCUACGUGGAGAGGCUCAAGGGCAUGUCCCUGCUAGUCAGGGCAGAGAGUGAUGGCUCUCUUCUUUUGGAGUCCAAAAUUAAUCCGAACACUGCGUACCAGAAGCAACAGGAUACCUUGAUUGUGUGGUCUGAAGCUGAAAAUUAUGAUUUGGCACUUAGCUUUCAAGAAAAAGCAGGUUGUGAUGAAAUAUGGGAAAAAAUAUGUCAGGUUCAAGGCAAAGACCCUUCUGUUGAUAUUACUCAGGAUCUUGUUGAUGAGUCUGAGGAGGAACGCUUUGAUGAUAUGUCAUCACCAGGUCUAGAAUUGCCAUCCUGUGAACUCAGCCGACUAGAAGAAAUCGCAGAACUUGUGGCAUCUUCACUGCCUUCACCGUUGCGUCGUGAGAAACUCGCACUAGCACUGGAAAAUGAGGGUUAUAUUAAGAAGCUCUUAGAAAUUUUUCAUGUGUGCGAAGACUUGGAGAACAUUGAAGGACUACACCACUUAUACGAAAUUAUUAAGGGAAUUUUCCUUUUGAACAGAACUGCACUUUUUGAAGUCAUGUUUUCCGAGGAAUGUAUAAUGGAUGUAAUUGGAUGCCUAGAGUAUGAUCCGUCUUUAUCACAGUCACGGAAACACAGGGAAUUUCUAACUAAAACAGCAAAAUUUAAAGAGGUGAUACCUAUAUCUGAUCCAGAGCUGAAGCAAAAAAUACAUCAGACAUACAGAGUACAAUAUAUUCAAGAUAUGGUCCUACCCACUCCCUCAGUUUUUGAGGAAAAUAUGCUAUCAACACUUCAUUCUUUCAUCUUUUUUAAUAAAGUGGAAAUAGUUGGGAUGUUACAGGUAAGUUUCAAAAAUACAUAAUCUUACUUGUGGUUG